AUGCCUGCUGUUUCAUUUACAUUUAUAUUCUUAGGAGUUCAUGCUUCUGCCUCAUCAGCUAUUGUUACUCCCAGUGUAUCUGCUACUCCCAUUGUGCCCAUUGUGCCUUCUGUACUCCCUUCGUUAUUUAUGCCUGUUGCACCAUCUGUGUCCGCUGAAUCACGUUUACCUAAUGCACCCUCUGUAACGACAUCUGCUGUGCCUUUAGAAGCGUCUGUUGCUCAUGAAAGCAAUCUUACUGAUGCAACUGUUCCAACUGAAGAUACAAAUGACGAUGCCGACGGUGCUCCAUUUGCAUCCACUGAUGAAGUAGAGUUGACUGAGCUGGGUACCUCAGUUUACAAUUCAGAGUACCAGUCCCUUGGCAUGGUUAUUCACUUGCAAUCUGGUAGUGUGAUAUGCGUUCGUUGUCGCUGUGCAGUUCAACUAGGAAACGUCGUUGGCCAUUUUGGUCGCAAUCAUUCAUUGAACAGGUGGAUUGCUCAAUACAACGUACAUCAACAGCAGCGGUAUGGAGAGCAAUUGGAUGUCGAGUUAUCCCAAAUACAUCCCGAGCCGCUAACUAUCCAUAACUUGGAAGAAAAACUGCGAGAUCAAGCACUACGGCCCAACUGA